AAGACUUGCUGAGUCGCCGCGUUCGCGCCGGUCUUCCCAGUCGGAGCCCUGCCCAGGAUGGACCCCACGCCAGGCAUUGUGGAGCGGCUUGGGGAGGAGAAGGCUGGAAGCCCAGACCCAAAGUCUGCAGCCUGGCGCGUCACCCCUGUGCUCUCCGAGCGGCAGUCCCGGGACAUCCAGUUGGUGCUGGCCUAUGCAGCGCCCAUCCUGGACACACGCCAGACCUCGCGCCUCCUCAAGGAGGUGUCAGCUGUCCACCCGCUGCCUGCCCAGCCGCACCUUAAGAGGGUGCGGCCAAACCAGGAUGCCAGUCGCCCCCACACGCUGGAGAUGCUGCUGUGUCUGGCGGGGUCGGCCGGGGGCACACCCUCACUGGCCGAGCUCCUCCCGCAACCGGCUGUUGACCCUCGAGGCCUGGGGCCGCCCUUCCUGGUGCCCGUGCCUGCCUGGCCGCCACUGACCAGGGACCAGUUCGAGGAGGCACGGGCCCACUGGCCCACAUCCUUCCACGAAGACAAGCAGGUGACCCGCGCCCUGGCCGGACAGCUCUUCUCUGUGCAGGAGCGGGCUGCGAUGCAGGGCCACAUGGAGCGAGCCGUGCGGGUGGCCCAGCAGGCCGCCGCCAGAGGCCUGAGGGCCGUCGGGGCGGUGGUGGUAGACCCGGCCUCGGGGUGCGUGCUGGCCACAGGCCAUGACUGCAGCAGCGCAGCCAGCCCCCUGCUGCACGCCACCAUGGUGUGCAUUGACCUGGUGGCCCAGGGCCAGGGCCGUGGUGCCUACGACCUGGGACCUCAUCCUACCUGCUCCUUUGCCCCGGCUGCCACCUCCCAGGCGGUUCGGGUGGGCACUGUGCGCAAGCUGGACGCCGACGAGGACAGCCUCCCCUACGUGUGCACCGGCUACGACCUCUACAUCACCCGCGAGCCCUGUGCCAUGUGUGCCAUGGCCCUGGUGCACUCCCGCGUGCAGCGAGUCUUCUACGGGGCCCCCUCGCCUGACGGCGCCCUGGGUACCCGCUUCCGCAUCCACGCACGGCCCGACCUCAACCACCGCUUCCAAGUGUUCUGCGGUGUGCUAGAGGCCCAGUGCCGCCGGCUGGACCCCGAUGUGUAGGGCUGUGCCCGCUGGGGU